AUGAUGAAGUUUACGGUCGUCGCUUUGGCCCUAAUUGGUGCCUGUUUGGCAUACGAACAUCACGGCUUCGUUAGCGAGGUGAAACAUAUUCCGUACAAGUAUUACGGCGGUGGUAUCGGUGGAGGCAUCGGCGAAGAGCAGGAGGGUGGCUUUGAAGGAGGAUUUGGAGGAGGCAUCGGCGGAGGUAUCAGCGAAGGUGGUUACGAGGGUAAGGACUACUACGCCUAUCCGAAGUACAAGUUCGAGUACGGAGUUAAGGACUACCACACUGGAGACCACAAGAGCCAGUGGGAGGUGCGCGAUGGAGACGUUGUGAAGGGAGAGUACACUCUGGAUGAACCGGACGGUUCGACCCGUAUCGUGAAGUAUCACGCCGAUAGCAAGAACGGAUUCGAGGCCAUCGUCAAGAACAUUGGCAAGGGAGGUCUACAGCAGGAGGGUGGAUCGUCGUUCGGCGGUGGCCAGGAAGGACUCGGUGGCGGUUACGGAUAUGGCCACGGAUACAGCUACAGCAAGCUGAAGAAGUUCAACUAA